AUGGCGGAGGAACCCACCCUGCGCAGCUUCCUGCAGCUGGAAGACGUGCGCGACCGGUACAUCACCGACCUGAACACUGAGAAGCAGCGGUUCUCAUACGCAGAGCUGUACGAGGAAGUGACUAAGCUGCGCUGCUUCCUAAAAGGCAUCAACGUGCAGCCAGGGGAGGAGAUCUCCAUCAUCCUCUUCAAUAGCAUUGAGUACGUCGUGAGCUUCCUGGGAAUAAACUACAAUAAAAACAUAUGCCUUCCAUUGAAUACCAAUCUGAAGAAAGAGGAGUAUGUAAGGUACCUAGUGAAUAACUGCAAGUAUAUAAUUAUACACGACUAUGAUGAGGACGAUGACAGUUAUUUUUCGAUGAAAAAAAAACAUGGCUAUUACAGAAAUGUGUGCAAGUCGAUUGAGGAGAUAGGUAGCGAGCACCGCAUUGGGGUUAUUCGCAUUAGAAAGAAUAAAGAAGCGCCGUUUUUUACCUACUCGUUAAGCAGACCCAUUGGCGGUAGGCACGCUACAGUCAUCAAAGGAGAGCUAAAGGAGGACAACGGAUUGACCAAAAAGGGAAGCGACGUCUGCCUCCAUCUCCACACAUCGGGAACAACAAGCAAAGUGAAGAUAGUCCAACUUACGAAUGAAAAUAUCAAAACGACCAUCAGGAAUAUCACCAAUUCGUACGGACUGAACAGAGAAGACAACACAGUUAUUGUGAUGCCUCUUUACCAUGUGCAUGGUUUAAUCGGAGUGCUAAUGCCAAUCUUGUAUGCCAAAGGGAAUGUCCUUUUUCAAGUGGGCCACUCAUUUAGUGCUUCUGAAUUUUGGAAAAACGUCGUGCACCACAAUGUUACUUACUUCUCGGCCGUCCCAACCAUUUUGAAUAUUUUGCUCCUACGGUACGAGAGGGACUAUUUGGUAGAUGGCGUGAAGGUAAAACACAAGUUGAGAUUUAUUAGGACGUCCAGUUCGCAACUGGAUGAGCAUACGGAGAAGGAAGCGGAGGUGAAAUUCGAGACGAACGUUUUGCAGGCCUAUGGCAUGACGGAGGCAUGUCACCAGGUCAGCACGAAUAAGCUUAUUCUCACCGAUGGGAAAGACGUAACAAGUGUUAAGAAGUACAAAAGUGUAGGAAUUCCAAACGUAGGGGUAGUCAUAUAUGACCACGAAAAGGAGAGAGUUUGUCGAAAAAAUGAACUCGGAGAAAUUUGCAUUAACGGGAAGAACGUCAUGUUUGGUUACAAGGAAGCGGAAGACAAUGAAAAUAUAUGUGUUCAUGUAGACACUAUGAAGGAAAGGACAGACUAUAUGGAGGGGAACCCCUUUUUGGCCACUGGCGAAUGCGUUCCUUUCUUUAAAACUGGAGAUGUUGGUUAUAUCGAUGAAGAGAAUUUCCUCUUCAUUGCUGGCCGAAUUAAGGACAUAAUAAACAGGGGGGGCGAAAAGAUCAUCCCCAACGAAAUCGACGACGUGCUGAGGGAUGACCCGCGGGUUUUGGACUGCUUAGCCUUUGCGUCUACGGAUGAGGUGUAUGGCGAGGCCAUCCACGCGGCGGUCAUUUUGGACGAGAAACAGUUGCCCUGUGGGGACGCCCUCCAGAAGGCGCAGCCUGGAAGUUUCACGUGGGGGGGCACUUCGCCGAAGGAUUCGAUUACCGCUUCCGGCCCCCCGCAGCAUGCCGACCCCCCCGCAGAGAACCAAUUCAACGUGGAGGUCUCGUUGAGUCUGAACUUUAAAUACCACCACCUGCGGGAGGAACUAACGGAGCACAUGAAGAAACGACUAGCCGAUUUCAAAGUGCCGAAGAAGAUCUACUUUGUGAAUCAUUUCUUAAAAACGGACACGGGGAAAGUAUCCAGAAGGAAGAUGGCCGAAGGGGUUGAUCAUUUGAAAAAAACUCCACUGAGCCUAUUCGACGUGCUAGCCUUAUGUCUGAAGAAGGCCCAUCUGGAUGAUUACAUUUACGGCCUGUAUGGAAUUCCCCUGAACAGAAUGAUCUACAGUUUUUUACGCAACAAAAUUUACUACAUAAGUUUUAGGAACGAAAUAAAUGCUUCCCUCAGUUGCAGCUAUGUUAAUUUUUUCGACCAGAACAAGGAGAAGAAAAAAGUGGGAAUCAUUUUAACAUGCUCAGGACCAGCAUUUGUGAAUGCCCUGCCUGGGCUGUACAAUGCCAAGGUGAACCACUUUCCGCUUAUCUUGAUAUGCUUCGAGAAUUUUACUGCUAAAAAUUUGACUGAGUUUGGUAAGCGGCAGAAUUUCCAGUACUUCCCACAGCAGCAAUUUUUGGCAAAGGCCAAGGAGAUGUGUGCAGGGGUGUUCCAUGUUGAUUCACCGGAUGCAUUUCCGGAGCAGCUAUACAAUUGUUUUGAGGCAUCUAUACGGAUGAAGUUUCCUGUUUACUUAAACUUGAGUUAUGACCUAAUCGGGAAGGAAGUGACUCUUGACAGGGCUCUACACUUAUUGGAUCUGAGUGAAGGCUACGCACGGAGGUACCACAAACCAUUGAACGUGGAAAACGGACGAAUUAUUAUUUCCAAAGAGGAGGAGCAAAAAUUCCAGAAAUUGUUGCAGCUAUUUUGUAGGAUUUACCAGAAUAACAAAAGAGGAGCGAUUUUCCUAGGCACCAACUGCAACCAUGGCGCUAAGUACGUCUUGAAGUUGUCUCACUUGAUGAGGAUACCCAUAUAUGCUAGCACUAUGGCCAAAUUUUUUGUUAAAGAAAAUUAUCUCUACAAUGCUAAUCAGUGUAAAUCAUUCCUCUUCGAAAAUCUGGACUUUUGCUUCGCCUUCGGAACGGUCUACAAUUUUUAUUUCAACUUUGGCAACUUCCCACAGUGUAAGAAGGAGAAUAUGCUUUGUGUUGAUUUAACGAAUGAUGUAUUUGACCCUCAAGUGGAUUCCCACUGCGAGCACUUCUUCUUCUCCGACUUGUACAGAGUGGUGAAGCAGUUAUAUUUCUCCCUCAAAGGGGGGUCCGCCCUCUCCAUUGAUGUGGACGCACGAAUGAGUUGGGUAGCCGCCAUCCAAGAGGCAAAGCAGAGGAGCAUACAUAAACUUUGCUGCCAAGUGGCGACCCAGCACUUGGUUUCUGAACGGUUUACCAUGGAGCAGGUCAUGCUUCUCCUCAGACACUGCCUGAUUGAUUAUUUCUUCGCCCGGAAUGAAAUUCCAGCGACGUACAGACGAUACUUUAUCGAUUAUUUUAAGUACGUUGACCGGGGGCAGCUGCGCGGGGUGUUUCACGGGGAGGUCCUCCCUCAUGGGGAUGGCGAAGCAGAUCUGGGUGCGCCGCAAAGCGACUGCGAUCUGAGUGACAGCAGCUCGGAGGGGCGAGAUGAAAGGGACGACACAGCCGGAGGCCCCUUGCCCACGAAGAGUAAGACAUGGGAGAACAAGACAUGGGGGAACAAAACAUGUGUGAAAAAAACAUGCCCGAACAGCACAUUCCCGAACAGAAAACACAAGUUCCUCAACCAGGAAAUAAAAAAACGAGUCGUAAUCACCAACGAAGGGUCCAUAACGCUACACUUGGGAAUAUUAUAUUUACCCCAUCUCGGGCCAUACAAUUUUGUCGUUCCGCAGAUCAAUGGAAUGAUGGGUGUAUCAAUGAACGCAGCUAUUUGUGCCGCCCUGAACCAUCCGGAAAAUGUUGUUUUUGCAAUUUUAGGAGAUUCCUCUUUUGGCUUUACCUCCAACGAAGUAGAAACCAUGUGCCGCUUCAAGUUAAAAGUUGUUCUCAUUAUUUUAAACAACAACGGGAUAUAUGGUGAUAGGGACUUCCAAACAAAGGGACCCCAUUUUGACGAGGUGAACAAGGAUGCCCAUUUUUUUCUUCACAAUCCAUCCGCUCUUUACCAUUUUAGCAAGUAUGAAAAUUAUGUGACUGCCCACGGGGGGUAUGGUCGCUAUGUUGAUAAUCGGGAAGACUUUCUCCAGCAGAUGAAGCACGUCAUGAGCGAAAGUUUUAACUCCUUCCCAGUAUUACUAAACGUUAUCGUGGGGGAGGCGCAGUCGGUUAAGUUUGACGUGGACAAGUAUAUACAGUGA